AUGAGCGGCCCCGUACUUGAGGUCGAGGCCCUCACCAAGCGUUUCGGUCCGGUGACCGCCGUCGAUGCGUUGAGCUUCACGGUCGCCCGGGGGACGACCGCCGCCCUGCUCGGCGCCAACGGCGCCGGCAAGACCACCACCUUGGCGAUGAUCCUGGGCCUGCUGCUGCCGAGCGCCGGCACGGUGCGCAUCUUCGGCCGCGACCUGGCUGCCCACCGCUACGCGCUGCUGCCCCGCAUGAACUUCUCCUCGCCCUAUACGGACCUGCCGCACCGGCUCACCGUGCGCGAGAACCUGACCGUCUACGCCAAGCUCUACGGCCUCGACGGCGUGCGGCGGCGGAUCGAGCGGAUGGCCGAGACCCUCGACCUGGGCACCUUCCUCAAGCGGCCGACGGGCAAGCUCUCGGCCGGACAGCGCACGCGGGUCGCGCUCGCCAAGGCGCUGCUCAACGAUCCGGAGCUGCUGUUGCUGGACGAGCCCUCGGCCUCGCUCGAUCCCGACACGGCCGAUUGGGUGCGGGGUGUCAUCGAGCGCUACCGCGCCGAGACCGGCGCCACCAUCCUGCUCGCCUCCCACAACAUGGCCGAGGUCGAGCGGCUCUGCGACGACGUGUUCGUGAUGAGCGGCGGGCGCAUCGUUGAGAGCGGCACGCCAGAGGCCAUGAUCGAGCGCCGCGGCCUGAGCACGCUGGAGGAGGUCUUCCUCGAAAUCGUGCGGGGCACGGCCGGCCUCGGCGAGGCGGCGCAGUGA